AUUGAGAAUCUGCUCUUAAACACACGUGAAUGCAUGCUUUGCUCUUUUUUUUUAAAGAAAUAUUCUAUAAAUCGUCUAUUGCCUAUUGCUAUUAAUAAUGAAUAUUGUCUAUAUAAUAUUGUAUAUCUGUAUUGUGUAUAUCAUUAAUGAAGCAUUAUAACUGGCUAUAACACUUAAUUAUUUGAUUAGAUGAGUGCAAUUAUACCAGACCGCAUUUUAACACUGUUAAAGUUGUGAUAACAUGAACAAAAACAGCAAUUCCACCACAGUUACAGAAUUCACCCUGCUUGGAUUUCCUGGAGUCCCUCUGGAGUUUUACCCAGCUGUUGGACUUCUUCUUCUCCUCAUUUAUCUUAUACUUGCAGGAGGAAAUCUUUUCAUCAUUGCAUUUGUGUUCUAUGAAAAAAACCUCCAAAAACCUGCGUAUUUAAUCUUCUGUAAUCUCGCCGCCGUGGAUUUCGCUUUCGGAACUGCGACCAUGCCCAAACUCAUCUCUAAAUACCUGCUGAGAGAUGAAAUCAUGCCAUUCUACGCUUGUUUUAUACAAAUGUUUUUUAUCCACUAUUUAGGAACCGUCACAUCUUUUAUUUUGCUUCUAAUGGCGAUUGAUCGAUUUGUUGCUAUCUGCAACCCCCUCAGAUAUCCAUCCAUCGUUACGAACCAAUCAGCUUCAGUUAUAUGUUUAAUAUCCUGGGUGAUCCCGGUCUCUUGGGUGACUGUGAUAGUCCACCAAAACAUAACUUUAUCCUUCUGCAACUCCAAUGUGAUUUCCCACUGUUAUUGUGACCGAACCUCCAUAGCUAGGCUGUCCUGUAGUGAUGUGACGCUUUCAAACACAUUUUCCCUCACUGUGGCUUUGAUCGUGCUUUUAGGACCCCUCGCGUUUAUUAUAUUCUCCUACGUUUCCAUCAUCAUAGCCGUCUUUAAAAUCUCCAACGCUCAAGGAAAGUACAAAACCUUCUCCACGUGCAGUCCUCAGCUCCUCAUCAUAUGUCUUUACUUCCUGCCCCGCUGUGCCGUCUACAUCGUGGACCUGAAAGUGCAAAUGAGCAUCGACGCUCGCAUUAUGAUCACUAUGUGGUACAGCCUCUUCCCUCCUCUGGUCAAUCCCAUUAUAUUCUGCUUCAGAACUAAAGAAAUUAGAGAGGUUUUAAUGACAAAAAUACGAAAAAGAAAAAUCAACGAUCAGCUGAAAGCUCUUUCAAGCUGAAUUCAAAUAGAAAAAAAAAAAUAAUAAUAAUAAAUAAAUAGACACAUACACACAGGGCCUAUGAAAGAUAAUCACUCCUUUUGAUAUAAAAUUUUCCCCUUUUAUUGCUUUUAUAUGCAGAAUCAUGUUCAAGAUAAUUAAGCGUUUUUUUUUUCUUCACAAAAAUUAUAUAUAAAAAAGGGAUAUAGGCAUAAAUAUUCACUCAUUCAUUAUUCCAGUCAUUUUUGAUAUUUGAUAACUUUAAUAGGUGUAGGAUUGAUAGAUUGAUAGAAAAUAACGAAACCAAGGUGCAUUAAAGGUGUGGUGAAUAUUUAUGCUUUAUUAUAUUUUAUUUUAUUAUUUUUGUAUUUACUAGACAUUACUUUGUACAAAUCUGUUUUUCCUUUGAUACUUGUUUUUUAUACAAUUCAUUAUUUUUUUAAAAGCAAUAAAAGGUGGAAACGGACAUUGUUUAUAUGUUGAUAAACACAUGGCAAAAUA